AUGUCUUCCAAGUCUCGGGAGGACAAGUCCUCCAGCGGCUUUCACCAGGAGUACAUCGCGUCCCUGCGCUAUCGCAAUGACCUUCCUCCGCCACAUAUGCCCCCAAAGCUACUCGACAUUCCUCAUGAGGGUUUGACCCGUUUCCUCACCCCGGGCUUUGCCUCCAAUCUUGCGCGACGAGAGGAGCCCAACAUUGAUGUCGACGCCGAGGGUGGUAUGCCCAUUGACCUAGUCGGCCUUCCCGGCUUGCACUUGGGAGAUGAGAGUGCGAUCAUGGCGCCUGAGCACCCCCAACCUAUGGACCCCGCAGACCUCCCGCUUUUGAUGACUCUCGAUCAGCUUCGCAAUCCUGCUCCGAGAAACACGAAUGUCAGCUUCCUUCGUCGCACCCAGCACAUUUCAGUUGAUCGCACCGCUGGUCCGGGAAGCGCCCCCACAAAGGGAUUGAACCGUGCAGUAAAGAAGGGCAAGAUCUCUGUGGAAGACCCUAAGCACAUCAAGAAGUUCAUUCAGAAAGGAUUCGAUAUUGCUUAUCCCCAGAGCAAGCACAUUGGCGAGGAUACGGAGAGUCAAGUCAGGGGCCUCCCAGCAACAAAAGCGGAGACUGAUGCAUGGGCGCGUCCCGUCCACCCUGACAACCCGAAGUUGAAGCCUGUCGGGUUCUUCCCUUUGAUGCCUGAUCUCUCCGGCUUCCCAGACCCUGGCGGUUUCGUCCAAUUCAAAUUCGACAAGGCGCCUGUCUCUGCGAUUGCUGGCAAGCGGGACAAGCGUAUGGAUGUGGCUCUGCUUCACCCAUCAGCGCCAGAAGAGCGCAUUUGCCAGGAGCACGCCUCGAAGCAAGCUCUUCAUAAGGCUAAUCCCGACCUCUACCCCGAUCCAGGCCCUAUCCCCUUCGAUUACGAUCUGCAUCUGCCUGAGGAGCAAGAUUCUGUUAAGAAAGUGUACGCCAGCAUGGACUUGAGCAACCCAGACCGCGAUAAUGAGGACCUUUACACCAACGAGGGCCCUGAUGGUGCGAAGUACCACCGCUUCGACCGUGAACGUACCUUUGCAACCAGCGCGCAGACUCUGAAUACCGAUCAAAAAUUAAAGGAUAUUGCCCUGACUCUCCACAAGCCGCGUGAAGGGGAGACCAAGCAACAGGCCGCAUACUACUACCCUAUUAUCAGCAAGGUGCGCCUGAAGCCAGAACGUGCUCGCACCAUCGCCCAGGCCGGUCUUGCCCCCACUGCUUCGCAGGCUCCAGAGGAGAAGAUCGAUCAGUUCCACGUCACCGUCCGCGAUCCCGAUGAGGCGGAGGUCUACAAGCGCUCGCUGCACCGCGCAAACAUCGACCCGAAGUUUGCGCAAACUCUCCCGCCGCCGCCUGUUGAGGAGGAUGUCCUUGAAGAAGAAGAAGAGGAAGAAGAAGAAGCAGGCGAUGAUACUCGGAUGAGCGAUGAGUAA